CGUCACUACCUGUUGAAGUUUAUCCAAGCUUCCACUCCACCAGACUUUUUGAUGUUAACCUACUCAUUUUACCCGCUAAACAGAAAGCACUGUUGUGCUAAUGAAAUACAACAUUAAGUCUUGAAUAGUAUAUUUUGGGGUCUCAUAUGAGGAAAACAAUGAGAACUCGGUCAAGUUCACCUCCAAUUCAUGUGCAUGUCAACGACGCCACACCGGUCCAUGUGCACGUGAAGAGCCAGAGGACGAGUCCUGCCAGGACGCCUCAGGGGAAGGCUAAGGUCGACAGAGGGAACCUCCGGCCUACAGCCAAGGUCAAAACUCGAGCACCAUGGAUACCACCAGGGAAGGGCUCCAUACGGGACGCUUCGUACAAGUGGGAGGGGCCAACGCACCGCCUUGAGAUCUCACCGCCGCUCCCUGAACCAGAACCAGAACAUUCCCAGUCUGCGCUGCGAUUGGCUGACCUCACAUCAGAGGAAGAGGAAGGGCUGCACGGACGAAUCAGCCAGUAUGAGAGGAAGAUUGACAGCUUACUGACUGAAGUCAGUACUCUGAAAAAUGAGGUGGAGCUGCGGAAGAAGGAGCAGCUGCUGGAGCGUCAGUCGGAGCAGCUGAAUGUCUCCCAACGGGUGAUCGCUGAGCAGGAGGAGGAGCUGGCUGAAGUAACGAAGGAGCUGGAAGAGACCGAACGGGAGAACACGCGAUUACGUCAAUCCAUGGAGAAGAUGCUGGAGGAGACCGACUACCACAGGUUAGACGGGGACAGCACACAACAAGACAAAGACGUUCUGCUCAGGAAACUGAUUGAGGCAGAGGCAGAUGGGACGGCGGCUGCCAAGCAAGUCUCAGCCCUGCGAGAAUCUGUUUCCAAACUGUGCGGUGCUGCUGGCAGUAGGCUGUCUGGCUCUGAGUCUUCGGUCUUGGCCCGCCAAAAGGAGCUGUUGCUGCAGAAACUGGAGACAUUUGAGGCCACAAACCGAACCCUGCGCCACCUUCUCAGGGAGCAGCACGGAUCCCAGAUGGACUCAAUGCGGCUGUCAGAGCAGAAGGAUGCAUUACUCAAGAGACUGGCAGACACAGAGGCAGAAAACGCUCAACUUGUGGUGAAACUUCAAGAGAAGGACAGAGAGGUUGAUCAACUCUCCAGACUUUUAGAUACUGAGAAGGACAAUGCCAAGAGCACAGCUGAUUUGUCCAAGAGUCUGGAGUCAACAAGAGCUCAUUUACAAGGACAGCUCCGCAGCAAAGAAGCUGAGAACAACCGGCUUACUGUGCAGAUAAAGAACUUGGAGCGUGCAGCCAACCAGCAGAAGGCGGAGAUGGAGCAUCUGACAGAACAGCUGGCGAGGCUGAAGCAGCAGGCCAGUGCAGACCGUGAGGCUCUGAAACGAGCCACGCGAGCCCAGAAACAGCGAGCUGAGCGCAGCGAGGGCACUGCAGGCCAGCUGAGCGUCCAGCUGAUGGACAUGGAGAAGCAGGUGGCAGAUGCACUGUCAGCAGCUGAGAGCUGGCAGAGUCACCAUGCCCAAGAAGUGAAAGAAAAGAGUAAACUGGAGAUUGAACUGUCGCUGUUGAACAGCCGUGUAACAGAGCUGACGGAGCAGCUGCAGAGUUCAGAGGAGAAAGGCCGAGUGGAGAGAGAAGCUCUGCUGGAUCACCUGCACGGACUGAGCACAGAGAGCACUGCUGCCAAACUGGAGAACCAGUCCCUCAAGGCUACAGCAUCUGCAGUGGAGGAGAAACUGGCCUUGUCCCAGUCAGAGCUCCAGCAGGUCAAAGCUUCCAUCAAGCAAUAUGAAAGCCUGUUGGACAGCUACAAGAUCCAGGUUGGAAAAACCCGGGCGGAGGCGGACGAGUACUGUGCUCGGCUGGCUCAGGCAGAGCGGGAAGCCCAGGCCGUGCGGAGGGAGCUGGAACAGGAGAUAGAAGAGGUGCGCAGAGAGCUGCUGGGUCGGCUGGCAGAGCUGGAGCCUCUGCCCGAAGCCUUACGACACACUGAACUCCAACUGCGGGAGGCUCAGGACAUGGAGCGCAACCAGGAGAGACGCAGCAUGGAGCUCAGCACCACCCUGACUGAUCUCCGCAUGAAGGUGGAGACCCAGGGCAGCCAGAUGGACCUUCUAAGACAGAAGAACAAAGUGCUGCUAGAGGAGAACCGACAGCUUCAGCAGCGAGUGGAGAGUUUGGAAAGGUUGGGUCUGGCAUUGUGAGCCCAAAAUUGAGACAGUUGUGCCCUCCCUCCUUCUAUGUGGGGGACAUUCUCUAAGUUUUCGGACAACAGUUCCCAUAAUAUAUGUAAACAGGAAAUGUAAAGCUGCCAUGAAGUUGUUAAUCCUAUAUUUGUUUACAAAUGGCAUUUGAAUUAGCUGAAUUAGCUAAUAUCAGUUGUUCUUUGCAGUGUGCCUGUAGAUGUACAGACAACUAUUCUAACUGUUCUGUCAUUUUCAUAGGUUAAUGGUGUCACUGACACUGUUAUUCAGUUGCAGACUGUAGUCAGUGUCUACAAACUCUGGAGCUAUGUUCUAUAUGUAGUCAUAUGUGUCAUAUCCCCUUUGUGCCUGCGUCAGCGUUGUGGUUGUCUGCCAGAAGCUGUCACACAUUGACUGUUUAUCCAGUCUGAAGCCACAUUGUUACCAUCCACUGUUUAGAUCUUGGUGCUUUUUAACUCUAGAUUUGAACCGGAUGAAGGAUUUUAGUCAUCGGACGUCUGGAUCUUAAGUUAUCAGAGAAACAAGCUGAGCUAACGUUAGCAGCAGCUCGACUCGCAGUCCCUCCAGGACCUCCUUUGUCUGUCCAACGGUGUGGGAAAAGUACUGAUUUUUAAGGUGGAACUGCUUUAUUCAGUGUCUUUAGUGGUUUUAAUCAGCAGGUCUGUUUGUUUUGGAGAGGAGACCUCUGUGGAUAAUCGGGCUCCCAGUAGAAACCUCCUGAACAAUGAACACUGAUGGAAUCAGUGUGUUUAUUAUAACUGUUCACUUUUGUUGCUUUUCUUU